GUCCAGUGCCAAUCCAUGGUCAACAAUCGGCACUCCACCCCACUGACCCCUAGGCAACGUGAUAACGCACGACGAUCAUUACGAGCCGCACAAACGAUCGCGCGUGAAUCACCGCCUCACGCCAAUAUGUGUGCGCGAAAAACCCCCGUGUGCGCACAUAGAGACAACAAACCGACCACACACACGGGACCGGGCCAGUAUAAAUUCGCACGAUCGCAGGUCAUUCAGUCGAUCGCCCGAUCAGUCGCUAUUCGGUUGAGGAAAAUGAGAACCCUAGUAAUUGUGGCAAUUCUGGCCCUUGGUGGCGUCUGCCAUGGCGAGGAUGGCCAAAAGGAGACGUUUCGACUGUGCGUCCCGCAUCAGAUAAUCGAAGCGUGUCGGGAUUUGAUGGCCAAGCCGGAGGCUUCGGUGCAGGUUGAGUGCGUUGUGGGUCGCGAUCGGAUGGAUUGUCUGGAGAAAGUGAACGCAAGGCAGGCGGAUUUCGUAGCGGUCGAUCCCGAGGAUAUGUACGUGGCCUAUCAUAUGGCCAACCAGGACUUCAGCGUGUUCACUGAGUUUAGAACGGCGGAGGAACCGAAGGCGGAGUUCCGAUACGAGGGUAUUAUUUUGGUGAGAAAGAGUGAUAACUUCGGCAGUUUGAGUGAUCUGCGCGGGAAGAAAUCUUGUCACACGGGUUAUGGUCGUAAUGUUGGGUACAAAAUACCGAUCACCAAGCUGCAGAAGCACGGUCUGUUCAAGAUGGCGGACGAUCCCGAGCUAUCCCCGUUGGAGAGAGAGCUGAAGGGUUUGUCGGAGCUGUUCUCAAGCUCGUGUUUGGUUGGUCAAUAUUCACCCAAUGAUGAAGUGAACAGGCUGCUCAAGAAGCGCUACUCAAACCUGUGUGCACUUUGCGAAAAACCGGAUGUGUGCGAUUAUCCUGAUAAUUACUCGGGCUACGAUGGAGCUAUCCGGUGUUUGGUGGAAAACAAUGGCGACGUGGCCUUCACAAAGGUGAUUUAUGUGAACAAGUACUUCGGUUUGCCGGUGGGAGGAGCACCGGCCCAACCAGCGUUGAACCCGAAUGCUCGCACCGAUGAUUAUGUGUAUCUGUGCGAGGAUGGCACGACUCGUCCCAUCACUGGACCGGCCUGCUCCUGGGCUCAACGACCCUGGCAGGGAUACAUGGGCAAUGGUGACAUCAAUGCGAGAUUCCAACGACUCCAGAAACGGCUCCAGCAGUUCUACGAGGAAGCCAAGAAUUCGGCCAACACAGAGCAAGCCAGCAAAAUGUGGGUUGAUCGGAAAAAUGUACUCUUUGAUCGGGAGAACCCGGUGCAACCCGGAGAUCAUCUGAAUCGUGCCCAGUACAAGGAUGUGAUCGAACGGGAUGGUCCCUACCAGUACAAGAUUAAGCUGUGCGUUACCUCCGAGCUGGAGCAGAAGAAAUGUGAAGUGAUGCGCAAGGCUGCCUACUCGCGUGAUGUCCGUCCGGAGAUCCAGUGCGUUCUUAAGGGCAAGAAUGGCUGCGUCAAGGCUGUCCAGGACGGGGAAGCGGAUGUCGUUGUGCUGAAGGGCGAGGAGCAACAUGCCGCCAAUACGGAAGCGUUGAAACCGAUCCUGUUCGAGAAGUACGCCGAAGAGGACCUGAUGGUGGCGAUCGCUGAUAAGGAUGCCACGCGUGAUCAGCUGCUGAAAUCGACUCUAGAAUUCGACGAGACGGAUACGCGAGCCCUAUCGGCGGCCCUCUUCCUCAAUGACAAGCGCCAGAAGGCGGUCUGUCCCAACAAGCUGUCGUCCGUCCCCAACUCACCGAUAAAGAUCAUCUCCGCCCAGGAUCUCACCCGUCUCGGCACGAACAAGAAGCUGGUUUGCCCUUCGCUGGAGCUCGAACCGAUCGCUAACUACGCCUCGUGCAACAUUGAUUACACCCUGCCGACGGGAGUUUACGUUCGCAAGACGGUUUCCGGCCAAAUCGAGGACAACAUCUCGCAUGCCUUCGUAACCCUGUCGGAUAAGUUUGGUCACGGGGCACGGGGCGAGGUUGUGUUCGAUAUGUUCGGUGAGUUCGAGCCGGGAGCGAAGAAUGUUCUGUUCCACGAUCGGGCCGCGAAGCUCGGCCAGGCCGACAACAGGGUCAGCGAGGUGGAUCAGGCCAGCUACCAGCGAUUGAUGUGUCUGUAACGGAUAAUAUGUUAUUUGUUUUUCUAAAUAAUAUUAUACAAUAAUCUGAAGUAUAAAUACAUACCACAGCAACACAUUG